AUGGAUUCAUCUACUUCAUCCGACGCUGUGUUGCCUCGCCGCAAUUCAGCCAAAACAGCGUCUGCAGCUAUUACGAACCAACUGGAUUCGGCGAGCGAGGAUUCAGGCGCAGAGCCCGUGGUGGCAUCCGCACAGAAUGGGCGUGCCAACGUGAAACGCACGUACGGAAGGAAGGGGGGAAGACGGGAACGUGCAGCCUCGGUCAAGGAGGACGUGCUGAAACCGAAAUCCAAUCUGAAGAAACCCAAGAACAGGUCACCUUCAUUGCCACCAUCCGUCCCCCAAACACGUGCAGCUACCACAGUAGAGCUUCCAACAGCUCCAUUAUCCUCUAAGGAACCUUCAAAGUCCAGGUCUAGCGUCAAGAAGACUCGGGCUAGGUCACCGUCUCUUCCGCUCUUCGUCCCUCCGACGCGAACACCUACUCAAGAGCCAGUAGCUUCCACCUCGUCCCAUAAACUACCCGAACCUAAAGCAGGAAACAAGAACGCUAAGGCAGGGUCUCAAUCUCGUUCAAUCCCACCUCCACGCCCACGAUCCACUGCUACCCCCCCAGUCCACCAGAUUCAUGAACCCUCACGGUCAACAACACACCCUCAACCCAUUUCUCGGAAGAUACCCAUAUCAAAGAAGGCUGGAAUCCCACAUAUGUCCACACCUGCGCCGGAGUUAGAUGAUGACGAGCUGUCGGAACUGACUUCCCUCUCGUCUCACGAAUCUGCACGUGCAACGAGCCCGGAUAUUAUUAUCAUCGACCAGGACGAACAACACUCCUUUCCCUCGCAUUCUGCCUCUCGGCCAGCGCACGUUGGUUCAUCUUCUGAGCAGAGCCGACGUAAGGAUUCCUCAUGGUCGUUGGAGAAUUUGGACGGUUACGUGUGGGUUCUCAUCGAACCUACGAAUGCCCAAGUGUACAAUCCGGACGGGGGAAAAGAUGACGACACGGAGAGGCUAUGGUGGCCGGGUAAGAUUAAGAGCCCUCGCGUCACAGACGUUCCUCUCAAGAUCAAACUUUUCGGGACUGGAAUGAAGACUGUGGAACUUCGAAGGCCCUGCCAGCAGAAUAUUCUUAGCAAGCUCGACUCUCUCAGCAGGUGGAGGUUCAGAACUCCUGCUUUCGUAUCGCCCUCUUCAUUGCAGGAUGGCAUUGCAUCUCUCAAGAAGAAGCCGAAGCUUGAUAGAGGGGAUAUCGAGCGGAAAUGGAACGUUGCCGUCAAUGAGAUGAAAAUGGCGUGCGAUGAGGAUGAGGGCAGUGACUACUUUCCGGACGUCGGGGAAUUUCUGAGCGGGCCUUUGGCAUCGUCACACACGACGGUCGCCCUUUCCCCUCAACCAACUUUUAACGCCGUCAUGAAAGGAAAGCGAAAACGUGACAGCGUGUCCGACCGUGAUGUUGAUGACGAUAUGGUAAUUCGUGAAGACGACUUAUGGGAGCCGCCUCCGCCCGAGUUUGGCCUUGAAAUUCCUGGGGAGCUAGUACUUGCUCGAGAUCAACCAGCGGCAACUGUUGAUUACUGGCCCGCAAUGAUUACGGCGUACGUACCCCCGACAACGCGAAAACAACAAGGAAAAUAUCACGUCACAUGGUUAGAUACUACCACAGGUGACAUUCCUCGUGCUUGGUUCUACACCACUGAGCAGGACGAAUUCGCGACUUGUAAGCUUGGACAGUUCGUCAGCCAUUUUCAAGAGGUCCAGAACGAUGAUGAAGACGAACAAGACGACCUGCGCCAUCUGACACGACGAUCUCCCAGCCCCAUUCCUCUUGAACCCCCACCGUCCCUCCAAGAAUUCAUUAAACUCCCAAUUCGCGCACAGUUUGUCUACACAAGACCUGUACUCCAAGCCAUCCUGAAUAAGGAGUACCAACCAGUGGUCAACAAGCAUGAUAUGUUCAUGAGAGGAGGUAAGGAACGACAGAACGUGCUAGAGGCUGCGGCUUUGAGAGGGAAGAUGGACCCGAAGGACGUUGAAUACCUUCAAGAAUAUGUUAGGGAAUGGUGUCUACGCGAACACGAUGCGGGUCGUCCCCCUACCGCUAUAGCUGACUUGGUCUCUACUGGUAAUACUGCUGCGCUGACGGUGACUGAGGACAACACAAUGACUGUGGUGCAAGACGCCCAGGCGACGGGCAUAGACCUCAAUGCUCUGCCUGCAAACGAUGAUAUGCAAUCUGACGCAGGAGCAAGUCGGGUUACGUCACCCCCUACCACGGAACCCCUGCCCUCCUCUCCGCCUGAGAUGCCCCCAAGCUCUUAUCCGUCGACUUCAUCGAGACUUGAGCCCGAGGAUUCUUUUGACGUUCCGGUUCAUGUUCAUUCCUUGGUCCCCGAUUCUUCUCAGGCAAGCAUUUGUUCUGAAGGAGCUUCUGUAGCUGCAACGGAGCCUCUCACGACAACCGAUGCCCUAACGGACCGUAUGUCCGAUUUCACCAGCGUUGCUCAAGAACGCGAGGAUGUUGAGAUUGUGGAAUCACCUAGACGGCGAUGGUGCAACGACUUUGAGUCCCUCGACCCCAAACUUAAAGUCGAAUAUUGCCUCAACAUUCUUGGACCCGAAAGCAUCCGGCAGAUCCUGUUAUGGAGAACGGGUGCUCGAACCUCGUUCGAAUUGCUCUCUGUGGAGGAAGAACAAGAACUGUACAACAAGGGAGAGACUUUGCUCCAGGAACGCGAUUGGGUGUUUGACAUCAUGCGCGUGAGGGAACGAUUAGGGAAGAACCUCGCGCAGAAGACUGUGGAAGGUACAGGGCGCAGGCGAACUGGGGGUUCUUCACGACCGAGAAGGACUACCGCAGCCGUGAAUUACCAAGAGUAG